CAAAUGUCAUGAACCGCAAAUUUGUUAUAAUGGAUAUUAUGUCAUGGCAAAUGUCAUGAAAAUUUAGUCAUAUUAUACUUUUCAUCCUCACUUUUCAUGGGUCUCAGCCUAAAGAGGAGAAGAUGUGAUGGUGGCAAACAUAACUUUCUGGAGCGGCUUCUAGGGGUCGCACACCUGUUACCAGAGAUUGUUGAGCCAAUGUUAAGGGCCGCUACGGAGAUAUCAACACUUCUUGCACGAUCAUUUUUUAUGGGAUUUUCGUUGACAAUAUUGGCUUUGCUCGCCCGAAUAAGAGUUCUAGUUCAGCAAAUGCUUCUUGAUGUUGUUUGUGUAUUCAACAGUGUCUCCUCUUUAUCUCAGAGGGAACAAGCCAUAAGAUUGACACAAGAUGGAUUUGAGGUUUUUAGAGAAUACUUUCCGCCAAAGCAGCAUGUGGUAUUCCUCGAAUGUCUUUGGAAGUCUGAUAAGUAUGUGUUAGUUGAGAGACAAAAUGAGAGAGAUGUCGGAAUCCAGGAAAAGGAGGUUGGAGAAGAUGUCUCUGUAGAAGCAUCUAAAAUUCAGUAUGAAAGCAUUGAGAUUUUCCUAGGAGAUGAGGAACCUGGAAAGACAACCUUUAAAGAUUUGGCUGAGGAUGAUGGUCAAGCUGUAAUCGACAAAGACAAAGCAAAUUCGUUGGAGAAUCGUAAAGAUUUGGCUGAGGAUGUUCAAGCUGUAAUGGACAAAGAUAAAGCAAAUUCUUUGCAGGAUCCUAUCCAAGAGAGUAGUGAUGAAUUUCGAACUCAAGUUGGUUCAGUUACUGCAGGGCCUUCUGGCAAUAAUUUUAAUGCUCCUGAAGAUGGAGCAUCACCCAACAAAAAUCCGGCAAAAGCCAAACCUGAAUUAAAGAAUAAUGUUGCAUUUAUUUCAGCAACAAAGAAUGAGUUGGAGUUUUGCAUUCUUGGAAUGGAAAAGGGUGAUAAUCCUAGUGUAGAUAAAGAAGAUCCAUUUUCAUUGCCCUGACCUGUAAAGAACUCACUAUCAACAGUACUAACACUUUCCAGAGAGCAUAAUUGUCUGCAAGUAGAUAUUAAUUUAAUGUCAACAAUAACCUUUUACCAA